AUGAGCCUGCCACUGCCUGCUACGGCCCUGACUUUCUUUGGCUUCCUCCUGCUACACCAUGGAUCGCAAGGGCGCUUGCUCCCCAUGGCCGAUCUGAGAGGGAAUGUUCCUGAAGCCCACCAGUCCACCUCUGACUCCAGCUCUGUUCCUCCUCAUGUUCUCCUGAGUUCCAUCUCCCCCAGAUCCUCCCAGCUGCCCCAAAAUGGGGUUUCCUGUAAAGACUUGAUGCCUGAUGCCCUGGAAGGUUUUGCUGAAGUCCCCAGGCUCUCCCAGACCCUCAUUCGAGCCACGUUGGCCCUUGCCCUGCAAGGGGCAGGCUGUAGCUGGCAUGCGGAAACCCUGGUCCUGCACCUCUACAAGGAGCUGGGACAGGCAGAUGCCGACGACCUCCUGUUUGCGAUGGCGGGGGCUCUGGGGACGGCUCGCUCCCCAGGCCAGAGGAAGAUCAGUCUUGCCUUGCAGUUCAACUUGGACCAGCUAACGCUCACCCAGGUCCGGCACUGCAAAGGUCUGAUGCAGGUGAAUGGAUCCCUCCUGCACGGCCAGGUGCACAGUGUCUACCCAGGGUUUCUGGCGGCUUCUACAGCCUGCCACCGUCUAAGAGAUUCUUGUGCUGGAGUGGCCUCCAAUGGCAGCAGUUUCUUCCACGUGGUGAAUCGAGAGGGCAGCUGCUUCCUGCCCCACAGUGGUGCCCGUUCCUGGCUGCAUCAGUGUCACAGGCUUGCAAGAGUCCGGCGUUCCACUCCAGAAGAUUGUGUUAGUGAAAUGGAGCAACAAAUACAUGCAGUUGUGGACUGGAUUCCUAUGGUCAGCACUUUCUACAACCUUGCAACCAGCAUCUACUUUGCAACCCAGAACUGCCCAGUACUAGCGCAGGAACGUGCUAUAGAUGGUGCAAUAGACAUGGGUCAUGAUGCACUGCUAGCUGUGACAGGCGGGGCAAGUGGCAUUAUUGGGAUGGGGAUUUACACAGGACUAAAGCCAGGGGUCAAAACUGCUGUGCGUGCUUUGAUCCACUACUUCAAACAUAAGGAAGAGCCUUAUCCUGUCCCCUCCAGUUACUCUGGCCCAGUCAUCAUUAUCUAG